AUGGCCCUCAAAUUCAACUACACCGUCGCCCCGCACCUGGAAGAAUUCAACCUCCCAUUUGCAGCCUUCCGCGCCACAAAACCACAAUACACCCACUUUAUAGGCGGCGGCCUUAUCUUCUCGAGAUCUCCGAGUCUCCCAAGAGGCCGCGACAGACCGCUAGACGAUAGUAGCGACACACUCCGCGUUCUGCUCCUGCAGCGCGCCCUCCACGAUGCUUACCCCGGAGCUUGGGAGGGGCCCGGUGGCUCAUGUGAAGACGAAGACGAGACGCUUCUGUAUGGCGUCGCACGCGAAGUCUUUGAGGAAUCUGGACUGCGCGUCUCGCGGUUCGUCGAGCUUGUUGCGACGGAUGAGUGGGUGAAGGUGAAGCCCGAUCAAGUAAUCCGGGCGAAGAAGUACACGUUCCUCGUGGAGAUUGAGGAGGGAGUCCCUGCUGUCCCUGAUUCUAUUACUGGCACUGGAGAUGAGGGGAAGGAGGGGGAUGGAGUUCCGGCUGAUAAGCUGGCUCAUGGGAAUGUUGAUAGUGGGUUGGCGAGGCGCUGGGAGGAUUUGGUCGUGCUGGAUCCAGAGGAGCAUCGGGACUUUGAGUGGGCUACUGAGGAGGAGGUUAGAGUCGGUGUUGAGGCUGGGGAAGGGAGAUAUCAGUCGUUUGCGAAGCAUGGGCCGCAUAUAUUGGAGGGGUUUCGCAUUUUGAAGGAGUUGGCUGCUAAGUAG